AUGCUUGUUAGAGUACACUCUCUUUCCCUCCUCGCAGCCAUUGUGGCUUCUAGCGACCUAGCGACGGCUGUCCCCCUCGAAUUAUCGUCUGCUCUCAACACCCGAGACCUGCCCCGCCCGCGCUUCGGAAGCGUCCCAUACGGCGUCGACAUCACUCAUUGCACGGUAAAUGGCAAGCUCGCUCUCAGCUUCGACGAUGGCCCCGGGGAAUACACCAGUCAGGUUCUCGACACCUUGGAGAGGAACGGCAAUAUCAAGGCUACAUUCUUCCUUGUUGGCACCAAUGGCAACAAUGGCAUCGCCAGCGGGACCUACACCUCCGUCCUGAAGCGGAUGUUAAGCGCUGGCCACCAACUCGGUAGUCACUCAUGGAGCCACAAGGACUUCAACACAAUCUCCAAGGACCAACAGAUUCAAGAGGUUCUCCAGAACGAAGAAGUCUUUGCCAAGACCCUGGGCCUCAUUCCCACCUACUUCCGCCCGCCCUACACUCACUGCGAUGGCCAGUGUAUAUCUACGCUCAACGACCUUGCGUAUCAUGUUACGGAUUACAACCUUGACACGAAGGACUGGGUAGACAACGGCGUCAACUCAAAGGCUACCUUCUCAGGUGCUAUCAAUUCCGCCAGCCCCGCCAGCUCCUCCUUCAUUAGCUUGGCCCAUGACAUCCACACCUUUACUGUCAACGGCUUCGUUCAGUUCAUGAUCGAUACGGCCAAGGAGAAGGGAUUCGAGUUCACAACCAUCGGCGAUUGCCUUGGCGACCCGGCCUCGAACUGGUACCGCGACCCCAAGACCGGCGAGCCGUGGAGUGGAGUAAAGGAGGAACCCAAGCCCACCACGACCAGCAGCAAGGAGGUCAUCGUCCCCACAACGACAUCAACUUCUAGUUCUAGCACGACGUCAGUUGCGGAGACUAAGACUUCCACAACGAAGUCGGAGUCCGAGACCGCUAAGCCCUCCGUCACCGUCAAGAACGCUUCCGAGACUGACGAGCCUGAAAGCGAGACUGCCACGUCUACUGCUACGGGCACCGGCGUCAAGCCUUCUACUGCAUCCAGGACGGUCGACGGCGGUGCCCACAUUGGCAUUCCAGUGACGCCUACUGGAACCACUGCCGCUGUCAGACCUACCAGCACCAACACCGUCGUCGAGGUCAACGCCGCUGGCCGUGCGGUCUUCUCCAUCGGUGGUGCCAUCGCCGGUGCACUUGCUUGGGCUGUAAUGAUUUGA